AUGUUUGACGAGAUUUCGGGAGGAUCCACUUUGACCUUAUGCGUCAUUUCCGCCAUCAAAUGUUUGGUCGAAGUACUGAUCGGAGGUUUCCUGUAUUAUUUGAAAUCCAAAAUUAAUCAGUUGGAAUCUAACCACCAUCGCCUCCUUCGUAACUUUGAGAAAAAUGAGAUUUCUGAACGGAAAGCGGAAUCGUCGGAGAUCGAGGUCGAAGUUAAAGAAAAUAAUACUCUUUCUUCAACUUCUUCUUCUACCGACAGGAGUUCCACAUAUCUGGAUUGUAAUCCAAUCGAGAGUUCGUUCGUUUCGGAAACUAAAAAACAAUUUCUUAGUAAAGAAACUGACGAAGAAUCGAUACACUUCGUAAAAGUAACAAAAUCUGACGAUAAAUCAUUACAAGAAAGUAUUCAAAAAAUUGUCCUGCGUAAACAAAAAUCCGAAUUUAAGAAACUGGUCGAUAUACAAGACGAAGUAGACGAAGAAAAUUCCCAAGUUCCGACGUACCAAAUUCCUUUGUCUGUCGAUAAAGAAAAAGAAGUACUUACGGAUACUUCCGAUAUGGCCGCGGUUACUACAAAAAAUACGCCAUCUUUCGAGGAACAGAAAGAAAUUUCCGAAAAUAUGGAGCAAAAUCUCGUAGAGGACGAAAAUAAGAUAACAACGAAAGUUACGUUUCGCGCUUCGUCCGAAAGACUCGACGGUAGAGUAAACAGUAGCGAUAUGGUGCGCGAGAUCAAUUUGGAACUGGAAACUCUGCAAAAAAACGAAGAAAAACCCAGCGUAAGCGUUAUCCCGAGAUACGUGGAAAAGUCCAAAGAAUAUUUCUUGGCCAAACUGCAGAUGACGGCCGUAGGUCUGGUGUCGGAAAACGACAAAGUCUAUUUGGAUGCGAAAGGAAUGGUCGACGAGCGGAAAGAAGAAGAAAAGAGUAUCUCCGUCACUAAAGAUAAAGAUACUCGUUCCAUUCGAAACGUCAUGAAAAGCAUCGAGCAGUUGGAGGAAGAAAUAAACGAGACGAACAGGCGCAAUUCGGAAAAUCUGGCAAAUGAAAUCGCCAGCAAGUUUACUUUGCAAUACGCUUUUGGUGGAACAUCCAAUGAAACAGCCAAGAAGGAGACUGCUCAGAAGACAAAUAAACAGGAACUGCGAGUAACUUUUCGAAAUAUUUAA